CUACUGUUAGCUUCUUCAAGAAUACAUAUGACAGACAUGAAUUACUGGAUUUUAUUUUCAAGUAGACAUACAUUUAAAACGACGACGAUUUUGCUACUUGACGUGCAUCAAAAAUAGAAAGAUGAGAAGUCGACCACUACUGCAAGGCUAACACAACGUCGUAUAUUUAAAACAAUAUUUCGGCUGGCCAGACCAGCCUUCUUCAGGUUUAGAUGUUACUCAAAGAACAGAAACUGAAUAUCUCUAAUGAUUAUUUCAGCUCAGUUGAGUUCUUAAAACGGAGACCGUUGCAAAUUAAAUUGCGCAAAUUGUAAAAAAAGAAGGAAUUUCCAUUACAAUGUUUUGUAGAAAAAAAAAAAAGAAUACAUUUUUGAGAAACAAAUUCCAUUUGUUGAUAAGAUCCUUUGACUUUCACUUUAUUCAAUAGCUUUCAAGAGUACUAGCCGUCGAGUUUAAGAGUUGUUGUUUUUAUAUUCUCAGGGGUGCGAUCACGCAACCUUUAUUUCACAGGAUCAUGGAUAAUAACACGAAUACGUCUUCGCCAGCUAUUCCCGAGUUUCCCUUGCAUUUCAGGAUUAUCAAGAUAACUUUAUAUGUUAUCAUCUUCGUAACAAGUGUCUUUGCCAAUGUUCUUGUCUGUACGGUUAUUUUGCGUCGCAAGAGGAUGAAAACAGUGACCAACUAUUUCAUUUUAAAUCUGGCGGUAGCCGACCUGACUCUUACCUGUAUCUGUAUACCGUUUGAUAUUCCAGUGCAAGAACUGCACUACUCAUGGCCAUAUGGCUCGCUUAUGUGUAAAAUACUCUACCCCUUGCAAACAUGUUUGCUAUUUGCUUCUGUAUACACGCUAACAGCCGUUAGUCUCGCUAGACACAGAGCAAUUGUUCAUCCUUUGAAAAAGCAGCUCACCAAAACUGGAGCGAAGAUUAUUAUUGUCUGUGUAUGGUUUUCUGCCAUUCUACCGGUAACACCUUAUUUUCAAGCGUUGAGGUUUAACCCAGUUGUGAAGUCUUGCGAAGAGAGUUGGCGCGAUUCUAUGACUGCUAAAGUGUACACAACAAGCAUCUUCUUCUUCCAGUACAUUUUCCCGUUCUGCAUCAUGUUCACCGCGUAUUUCAACAUAAGCCGUGAGUUAAAGAAAAGGGCGGAGAAUGGUAACCAGUGUCUUAAAGACCUACAGGAAGAAGAAGCUCGGAAAGUGGUGCGCAUGCUUAAAGUGGUAACCACGCUGUUCGCAUUUUGCCUACUGCCAAACAACAUUUUGUGGCUCUGGCUUGAUUACGGAAAGGCGGACAAACGUUGGAGCCAUUUCUGGGAACUUGUGGCGUUCUCAAAUAUUUUAAUACUAGCUAACAGUGCCGCAAAUCCCAUCUGUUACACGAUUUUCAACGAAAAUUACCGACAGGAAAUGAAGAGCUUACUAACAAACGGGAUCUGUAGACGCCACGACUCUCCACCUGAAAGAAGCGAAAGGAUUGCACCUCCUCAAUGUUCACGUAAAAGCGUGAAGUGCCGGUCUUCGACCUUAACCUCUGCCGUUUGAUCAUAAACCCAAAGAAAACUGACGAUACCCAGUUGACAUGUGCAACACCACACAGGAACUUCAAUGAUAAGUGAAUAAAAGUAGGAGUAAUAAUUAAAAAAGGAAGAAAAAGACGACGAACCAAUAAAUGGCUUUUAAUAGGAAGCUAACUGAAGUAUGUAAUGCUAUAGCUUGCAUUAGUAAGCCGAAAAGAACAUCAUGUCUAUAACACAUGGCAUUGACAGUUUGUAGACUACGUGGUAUGCUACCUACAUUGUAAACCGGUUAAAUUCCUAACCUAUCUUGUAAUCUUUGUUGGCGCGGGACGAGCCGAGUUUCGACAAUCUUAAAGAAGCUUCGUCAUGUUUUGCACAUCUUGAAAAUUUUAGCCUGAAUUUUUCAAGUUCGCCAUGUGUAAUCC